UCCUCUAAACUCCGCUGGGCAUCAUUGCGCGUCAAAACAUUGCGUCUCUGCAGGACUUGCCAGGGCCGGAGAGAGGAGAACAUUUGCUCGGGAAAAGAAAUGCGAAAGGGGUUCUAAGUUUGGCUCUGCCACGAGGGAGACGAGGAGGUGCGAUUUUUUAAAAGCGACGUGGAGAACCGAUUUUCUUCCCUCCAAAGCCCAAACUGUCCUCUCGACCAACUAGGACUCAUUUUUGGCCUGUAGAAGAAGCGAUGUCCUGUGUGGUGGAUGCCUGUACCUGUACCAUGUGUUCGCCUCCCAACCCGGCGCCCACCACGGCCCUCACCUGUGUGUUGCGGUGCUUCCCUUGUGAGCCGACCUGGGCUGGCAGUCCCUUCUUGCACCGCCCGCCAACUCCGCCCAUGGUCAGAAUGACGCGCUCCAAGACCUUCCAGGCGUACCUGCCGAGCUGCCACCGGACCUACAGCUGCAUCCACUGCCGAGCUCACCUGGCCAACCACGACGAGCUCAUCUCCAAGCUUUUUCAUCUUUGCCUCAUCUUGUCCCUGCAGUCGUUUCAGGGGAGCCAAGGCAGAGCCUACCUGUUCAAUUCAGUGGUGAACGUCGGCUGCGGCCCUGCAGAGGAGAGGGUUCUGCUCACGGGCCUGCACGCCGUAGCGGAUAUCUACUGCGAGAACUGCAAGACCACCCUGGGCUGGAAAUACGAACACGCCUUUGAGAGCAGUCAGAAGUAUAAAGAGGGCAAGUUCAUCAUCGAGCUGGCCCACAUGAUCAAGGACAACGGCUGGGACUGAGUGACGAGCAACCGGGACACUACUGCAGCAGAGGAGAGGGAGGGG